GUUGACUCCUUGAACUCUUCCUUCUCACCGCCAUGUCAGGCUCUGGAUUAGGAGUCGCAGCUGGUGGUGCAUCACGUAGACGUUCAAGCAGUGUCACCAACGCCCUCGAACAGGUACCUCUCAACUCGCAAGCUACAUCAAGUCACAGUCAUGGACACGCCCACCAUGCUGGUCAUAAAAUCCAAGGUCAGGCUGGUUCUGCAAAUCAAGGGAAAAGCGAAAUCAAACCUCUUUCAGGUAGAUCAAGACCAAGGCCGAGUGAUGAUCUAGUUCUGGGUGAUAUGUAUUACACCAAAGGAUUUCUAAAAGAUCUUAUCUCGUUCAGAUGGAUGACCAUUCCAUCAUCCUCUUUGAAACUCAUGAUGAUCAUGCCUGUUUUGUACCUCAAUCAUCUGGCAUUGGUACAUCUCGGGAUACUCUCACCGGAAACCCCCAACCCAUUUGCAGCUUGCUUGUUUUUGAGUGGGAAAACGGCAAAUGGAAAGUAUACUAAGGCUUGGGGAGAUUGGGCGUUCGUUUUGUGGCAUACCGUAUGGUGGUCUCUGGUGAGGCAGAGUAUGACGCUAUAUGUGUUACGACCAUUAGCCUAUUGGUUCAAAAUUAAACGAUCAAAGAUCAUGAGGUUCACUGAGCAGGGUUACGCUCUCUUUUAUUUCGGUAUCCUAAGCGGGUGCGGGAUUUAUGUAAUGCACGGUCUAUCCACUUGGUGGUACCGAACCGAACAUUUCUGGUUGGAAUAUCCUCAUAGGGAAAUGACACUAGAACUCAAGCUUUAUUACCUCAUGCAAGCGGCAUAUUGGUUGCAACAAAGUAUGAUCAUGGUGCUAAAAGUGGAAAAGCCGAGGAAAGAUUACUACGAGUUGAUAGCCCAUCACAUCGUCACCCUGUGGUUGAUCGGAUGGAGUUAUAUCGAAAACCUCACAUAUAUCGGAGUAUCCAUCUUCGUCACGAUGGACGUAUCAGACACUUUCAUUGGGUUUUCCAAAUGUGUCAACUAUAUCGACGAGAGCAAAUCGGUGCCUCCUUUCUUGGUCUUUCUGGUGGUUUGGACGUACAUGCGUCAUUAUCUCAAUAUCAAAAUUCUCUACUCGGUAUAUUCUGAAUGGCAUCUCAUUCCAGAGGCAAACAGACAAGUAUUCGACCCAUGGAGAGACAAAUGGAUGCCACCUUGGAUGCAAUGGCAAAUCUUCAUCCCUAUCGCUUUAUUGCAAGUGAUAAACUUGUUAUGGUAUUACCUCCUCAUGCGUAUUCUUUUCCGUGCGCUCGUAUUUAAUGAUAGGAGGGACGAACGGUCUGAUGAUGAGGAAGAAGAGAAACCAGUGUUGAAAGAUGGCAAGGCGGAGUGAUUUAAUUCAUGUUCAAAUAAUGACGAAUAAUCCCCUCUUCAUAACCUGUCGAAAUUGUCCAUCACAACCAACAUUCCCUGCCUUAGUUACCUUCUCGUCCAUCUAAUGAAAGGUCUAUGCGGUAUGCAAUAAUGCGAGCU